AUGAAUUGGAGCGAGGGUUUUGGCGAGGACAACAUUCCACCUAAUUGGCCAAAACAGCUAAAGGCAUUCUGCUUCAAAAAACUCACUGAUGACUUGCCAUUCAAGUUUUUCAUUAAUCCUAAAAAAAUCAUUUGCGCGCAGUUAAAUAAUAUACAUACGAAUGAAACGCACAUUGUUGAUAUAAUUAAUAGCUACCCGUCAACUGGCAUUUUGAUGGUUGAUUUCGUAAGUUAUGAAAGAGAAUUUCUCAAAAAUUUGACAAUAGUUUUAGAUAACGUAUUCAAGACACUUAAAGAUACAAAAUACUAUAAAAUCGAAACCUUGCUAUCUGCUCCGAUGCAAGCAAUCCGUAAUUCGCACAUGAAUUUACUCUCAAAGAUCCACAACUUAAUGAAGAAUCCAUCAGAUGAUUUCUUAGCUGUUUUCACUGAUUCGUUAUGUAGUGAUAAAAAACUGUUACAGGAUCAUACAAAUUACAUGAAUAAGUUUUUUGACGUCGAAUCAUUAGUAACAUCGUAUUCCGUGGAGUAUUCGAACAACUUUAGAGAGCAAUUCGGUUGUAUGACGCUUGCACAAAUCAUGCGUUCGCCUAUUCCUUGGCAAAUUUACGCAGCAAAGUUUGCUCAACAGUUAUCAGGGUAUGUAGCCAACAAACGUCCUGACAUUGCCAAGAAACUCGAUGACUUUGAAGCCCAGACCUCUAAAAUGACAGAUGCAAUCGAUUGUAUUCCGAAACUCGAAGCCAUCAGCAGAAUGAUGAUAAUGGAGCCAUUCCCGAUAGUUGUUGGUGGUCGUCGUAUCCUCAAACAAGGCACAGCGUUCAAACAUUGCCGUUCAAGUAUAACUCAAAGAGAAAUUUUCCUUUUUUCUGACAUGUUCAUGUACGCGCAGUCAAAUUACGGCAAGUUACGUGCUCCUGCCAAUUAUUCCCUUACAAAGAUGCGCAUAGAUAUACUUUCCGCUGAUAAACCAUGUAUCGCGAUUUAUGCACCGAAGAAAUCGUUCGUUCUUCAGUUCAAUUCGCCCGAGGAAUUGGCCUCAUGGGAAAUGGCACUCAAGAAAGCAAUAGAAAACGCUAAAGCUGCUGUAGAUUCUCAAGAAACUUACAGAGAAGCUCCAAUUUGGAUUUCUGACACUGCUGCUGACAAAUGCAUGGAAUGUUCGAAACCAUUUAAUGCUUUAACAAGGAGAAGACACCAUUGCAGGGUCUGUGGAAGAGUUCUUUGCGCAGAAUGCGUAUCCAAGAAAAUUAUCAUCGAAAACAUCGAUGAAAAGAAGCCAGAAAAGGUCUGCGACAAAUGUUAUGACUUGCUAAGUAAGUCUAAGAAGUAA